AUGGUUGGCCUAGGGCCGAGUGAUCAAGGACGUGAUUCCUUUGAUGUGUGUAUGGUGGCACGUGAAACUACACCGAGUGCGGUCGGCCGUGAGAGCACCGCACUGAAUGUCGGUAAUGACAUUGUUGGCGAUACGCCGUAUAGUGUGGGCGGCCGUGAGGGCACCACACCUAAUGUCAGUAAUGACAUUGUUGGCGAUACGCCGUAUAGUGUGGGCGGCCGUGAGGGCACCACAUCUAAUGACAGUAAUGACAUUGUUGGCGAUACGCCGUAUAGUGUGGACGGCCGUGAGGGCACCACGCUUAACGCCGGUAAUGGCGUUGUUGGCGAUUCGCCAUAUGGUGUGGGCGGCCGUGAGGGCACCACACCUAAUGUCGGUCAAGACAAAAGCUCUCGUAUAGAGCAUACUAUGGUUGGUAGUAACCAUGGGGACAAUAUUGUCCCGACCCCUAAGGGGGAGUAA